AUGGAGAAGUUCAUCUUUAUUGCAUUUCUUGAUGUUAUGUUGGCUUCCCUAUCGAUGUUUCAGCCCAUCUCCUGUUCCAGCAACUUCACUAAUCAAGUGGCUCUCCUCCACUUUAGAUCAACGAUUGAAAUCGACCCAACAAACACGAUCAAAGGUGGCAACUGGACCACUGAAGCAAAGUUUUGUGAAUGGAUUGGCGUCGUUUGCAACAACCGCAAGCAGAGAGUUACGGCUUUAGACCUCUCGCACAUGGAUCUCCAAGGAAGACUCUCUCCCUACCUAGGCAAUCUUUCUUUCCUGGCUUCUCUUGAUCUCCGCAACAACAACUUCUAUGGCGCGAUUCUAAUAGAAAUCGGUCGUUUACGCCGUCUAAAGAAACUCGUACUUGAUGUGAACCAGUUUGAAGGAAAUAUUCCUCCUCACUUAGCCCGAUGCCAAAACCUCAAAGUCAUGUCGCUUGCGAUGAAUAGACUAACGGGCAGCAUACCAAGAGAAUUCAGCGCCUUCCCUAAGUUGCAACAACUGGACCUUAGCUCAAAUGACUUACGGGGUCAAAUUCCAAGCUUCUUGAGCAAUAUAUCCACAUUGCAGGUCAUUACAUUGGCCAACGCCACUCUCACAGGUUCGAUUCCAUUAGCACUUUUCAAUAAAUCGCUCACGAGUGUCAUUUUGAUGCGCAAUGAUCUCUCUGGAAGUCUUCCCUCCGAUCUUUGCUACCGCUGGCGUAACAUUCAAAUACUUGCAUUGCCUCUUAACCAAUUCAGUGGCCUGCUACCAGAGACGCUAACCCAAUGCAAAGAGCUUCUCACGUUGUCAUUGGCAGGCAAUCGUUUUCAGGGAAGCAUUCCUCGAGACAUAGACAGCUUGCAAAAGUUGCAAAACUCUAUCUUGGUGGUACCAACUUGA